AUGUGUCUUAUCCUCCAGCCAACCUCCCAAUGCAAGGUGUGUCUCCAACUCACCCGACUCGAAGACGUAAACCAAUUCUGCGCCAACACCGUCAACAUCCCUAGCGGCACUGACUGGGCCAACAUCUCACCUUCCAUCCUAGGCUCCUGCGGCACCCUAAAGCUGACGAGAGUCCAACGUCUUGCUCAGUUCGUCUGCGAACACUGCCGCUGGUCGGCAGAACAGGCAGCCAAUGACUUUUACGAGUUCCUCUAUCCGUCCCCGCACAAGUACUUUGGAGAAUCGGCCCACGGCUUCGCUGAAGAGUUCUUGAGCCGUCCGAGUGCGCCUUCUCCCGGGAAGCAACGUCCGUUUCCCCGGAAUAACAAGGCUUGGUCGGUUUCGCCCCAGUCUGAGGCGUCGUCUGAGGCAUCAGUUGCCACGACGCACUUGAAUCACCGCUCAACUCUGGACCCGCCGGCGAGAUCCAAGUAUGAGUUCCACUCUUCAUCAAGUGUGUAUUCAUGUACUAGUGAGUCAAGCGAUGAAGACAGUCUGGAGGAUAAUCAGAACGACAGCCGAUGCCUUCGAUGGGCCAAUUCGGUAGACCUUAUGAACAGCAAACAACAGCCACCACCUCUGAACAUGCUGAUCGAUCAGACCCAGAACCUUCCGGAUACCCCCAAGUCCGCCAAGCAACUCCGGGUCGUAUCAUCUUGGGGCGCGAGGGCCGCUCACAACCCCGAAGAAGACCCCUGGUGGCUACCCGAGACCUGGGGUGCCAUACAGGACCUCACCGACGAUCUUGUCGAAUAUCUCAGCAAGGCUGAGCUUAUUAGCACCUUUCACGGCCACAGUGUUCACGUCUCUCGCAACGAAAACGAUACAAGUGCCUGGGACGAGAGCCUCACCGUCAUCAUCGUGACGCCUGGAGGAACAAGAGCCCGUAUCAUGACUGGGGAAGUGUAUCAGCAGGGCGUAAGCCUGGCGGGCCUCCGCAUGAUUGAUCGGGCUCGGUACCAGCACAUCUCCAAGAAGGAGAAGAAGCAUAUGGAAAAGGCGGGACUCGGCUGCAUCUUCUACCCGUGUAGAGUCGCGAGUUGUCCGCUUUCUCAUAAGAAAGAUCAGCAUCAGCCGUGGCCUUCGAAUGGCGAGAGCUUGCUUGCUGGCUUAGAAAGGGGAUACCGGAUGCGGAAGAACUGGAAGUCUCGGGCUACUAUUUCUGCCUCUAUGGCGCCGACGCUGACUCCUCGUCAGUAUUCAUCCCCGUCCCCUGUUCGAGGUCGAUCGCUUGUUGUUGAUGGGGGACUUUCCCGCCGUCGACCGGCUCCGCUGGAUCUGACAAGGACAAAAGAAGUGAGAUUCACUGAUGCAGCAGAUGUUACUGAAUCGACCUGGUCCCGUGGAGAUGUGACGCCUCAUCCGAGCAGUCUUCAGACAGCAAUCUCAGAUGAGGAGGAGGAGGGUCCCCUCAAGACGCCUGACUGGUUCGAACCUCUCAUGAAUACACCACUCAAGGUGAAAGGCGAUAUGAUGGUGAAGUACGGGGGUAGAGCUGGUAGAGUUCGACCCCAGAACUACGACUUGAACCCGGCUAGCGAGAGCAAUGAAUCAUCACUUCCACAUGGUCGUUCCGAGACAAGUCGACAGCAGAUUCCCCAGACUCGGGGUGCCUCAAUCUUUGGGCAAGUAUACAACGCCAGAAGGGCUGCGGCUGAUUCAUCAUGCGACGACACCUCCAAGUUGCGUGCCCUACCCAUGCUCUGA